CGAACUGAAGUUACCAUCUUCAGUCGUCCCUGACGAGCCCGGAGUCGGAGGUCCUGACCCUUUCGAUUUUCGACCAUGAUCGGCGAUUUAAUCGCCAGUCCCGUCCAUCUCGUCGCGCUCCUCGCCGCCCUAGCGGCGGCGAUCUGGUACUUCCGAUGGCGGGAUAGCAAACUGCCGCCGGGCCCCACCGGCUGGCCACUGAUCGGCAGCCUUCCGGCCCUCGGCCUGAUGCCUCACCACUCUCUCGCCGCGCUCGCUAAGCAGUACGGCCCCAUCAUCUCCCUCCGCCUCGGCACCACCACGGUGGUCGCCGCGUGCUCGGCGUCGGCGGCGCGCGAGUUCUUGAAGCACAACGACGCCAACUUUUCGUCGCGGCCGCCGAACGCAGGGGCGAAGCACGUCGCGUACGACUCGCAGGAUAUGGUGUGGGCGGAGUACGGGCCGAAGUGGCGGAGCCUACGGAAGAUCUGCGCCGUGCACCUCUUCUCCAACAAGGCGCUCGACGACUUUCGGCACGUCAGGGAGAAGGAGCUGGGGAUCCUGGCAGCGUCGCUGGCGCGGGCCGGGGAGAACGUCGGCGUGGGGGAGGCGCUGACCGUGUGCACGGCGAACGCUUUGGGGAAGGUGCUGAUAGGGAGGAGGGUGUUCGAGGGUGGGGAGGACGCCGGAGAGUUCAGGGGGAUGGUGUUGGAGUUAAUGCAGCUGGCGGGGGUGUUCAACAUAGGGGACUUCGUACCUUCACUGGACUGGAUGGACCUCAUGGGUGUGGCUAAGAAGAUGAAGGCGCUGCACCGGAGGCUCGACGGCUUCAUGCAGAGGAUUUUGGAAGAGCACGGACGCUCCUCCGGCGCCGGAGGACAGGGCGACGUUCUCAGCGUUCUUCUGCGGCUGAAGGACGAUCCCGUCGGUCUGGAUGGCCAGGAUGGCAAGCUGACGGAUACUGACAUUAAAGCCUUGCUAUUGGAUCUGUUCACAGCUGGUACCGAUACUUCUGCAAGCACGGUGGAAUGGGCACUUGCCGAGCUGAUCCGGCACCCCCACAUCCAAAAGAAAGUUCAGGCCGAACUCGAUUCCGUCGUCGGCCGGGACCGGCUGGUUAAGGAAUCGGACAUUCAAAAUCUGCCAUAUCUGCAAGCAGUUGUGAAGGAGACAUUCCGCCUUCACCCAUCGACGCCGCUUUCCCUCCCACGCAUUGCCAGCGAGAGCUGCCAGGUUGCUGGCUACCACAUCCCCAAGGGCACCCGCCUCUUGGUCAACGUCUGGGCUAUCAGCAGGGACCCAAGCAUAUGGACGGAUCCACUGGAGUUCCAGCCGGAUAGGUUCAUGCCUGGAUCCAAGUACGAGAACAUAGACGUAAGGGGGAAUGACUUCGAAGUGAUACCGUUCGGAGCAGGCCGGAGAAUCUGCGCCGGCAUGAGCAUGGGCAUAAGGAUGGUGCAGCUGAUGGCGGCGACCUUGGUCCAUGGGUUCGGAUGGGAGCUGCCGGCCGGUCAGGUUCCAGAGAAAUUAAAUAUGGAUGAAGCGUAUGGACUCACUUUGCAAAGGGCGGUGCCCCUCAAGAUCCAGCCUAGGCCCAGGCUUGCCUCAAGCGCUUACCUUGCUUAGCUCACACACAUGGUCUGUUUGUGAGCUAUAAACAUGAUGUUUACAUUCGAAUAAUGCAAAGUCUGUAAGAGGCCAGAGUUAUAUACCCGGACUGCCGGAGAAAGCCUUUUCCUCUCUCUUUCUAUACGUAGAAUAUAGUGUGUGUGUGUGUGUAUGCACGCACACCCACCUCCAUUUUCCGUCAUUCUGAACUCAGAGCAUGUCCAAUACAUAUCAAGAGUUUUUAUCUGGACUUGCAACCAGCGGAAAACCAUCAAUAGCAGGUACUAUUAAUAAACUUCAAAAUACUGACUGACAAUGUAAUGUUGCUGCAUGAGGUUACGAGUA